UCUUCCUUUUAGCCAAUAGAUAACUGCUACUUUGCAACUGUUCAAGACGUCUAGCCAGACUUAGAACUAAUGUUACGUAUGUAUAGACUGUAUACCAUUAUGGCCAGUUAAUUGACGUUCCUGUGGAAUAAUCAUGGCUUCUUACAAAUGAACGUAUUCCGACACGUAUCUGGAUAGAAGGCAGACGAAAGUCUAAAAGAAAGAUUACGUUCGAUUUGUCAACAUUGACCUUUCAUUCCGUGACUCAAGUGGGCACCUGCUAAUUGAUAAACAAGAUGCUAGAGAUGGAUUAGGUAAUAAUUAUCAUACGAUCGUGUGCUGUAAUCUGUAUCCGGAUAGCUGGUCCGGGCCUCCGGUCCGAUGUUAGAUUGACUAUCGUCGUCUACACACAGCACUGUGCUAGAGAACGAACAACCAUCCGUCAUUAAAUGAAAGACGGCAACAAACGACAUUACAUAGGAUUAGAAAAUAUCACCAUGUUAAUUUGGAUUCUUAUGUUUGCCGUCACAAGCACAGCCGGAUACACGUUUUGUCCUCAACGAGUCAACUGUAUACCUGGUUGUGUGAAGAUAGAUGAAAGAGGAUGUAAAGAGUGCGCAUGCGGGGAACUGAUGUUUCAUCCCGGAGGGUAUUAUGGAAUGACAGGAAUGAUAAGUGGAGGAGGAGGAGGAGGAGGAGGUGGAGGAGGGUUCGGCGGAUCAUUCCCUAACUUUAAACCUGGCACAUUAGCAGGGGGCAGUCCAUUCGGAUCCAUACAGGGGGCCAAUCAUCAGCCAGCUAAGGAGAAACCACUAAAGGAAUGUUCCGGAACCCUCCUUUGCAUGACAACCUGCCAUGGACAAUACUCCCUGGGGGCUGUAGGCAGUAAUGGCUGUCGUUCGUGCACAUGUCCCCACCACGCACCCACGACGUCACACACCACGUCACACACAGUCAAUACAGUGUCACAUUCAACAGCACACGUGCAGUUCGUGCAGGCAACACACCACUCGUCAUGUACGGGCACCAAAUUAUGUAUGGCCACAUGUCAUACUAAAUACACACUCGGAGCCAUGGGACAUGAUGGCUGCCAGUCCUGCUCCUGUAUGCCAGAAACAACCCCAGCCCCGAAGCCGGUACCAACAAAGACAUGUAUGCAAACAUAUCUGUGUAUGUUAUCUUGCAAAACCGGAUAUACUCUCGGAGAAACCGGAAGUGACGGUUGCCAAACUUGCACGUGCUUACCGCCACCUACAGCGGCGCCAACAACUCCAGCUUCAAAGCCACUCGAGUGUGAAAAGACUUUGAACUGCAUGCUGUCGUGUACGUCCGGGUACCAGUUAGGCAACACGGGUCCUGAUGGUUGCCCAGUGUGUAGCUGUAUCCAGACUGUCUCUCACGUGGUCGAGGUUUUACAGGUCACAUGCCCGGCAGAAUUGCACUGUGACGUAUGUUGCAACAUUGGCUACAAAUGUGACAGUAACGGAUGUCCUGUCUGCGAGUGUAUCGCGCCUGCGUCUGUUGGGUCGACCGCUGUCAUGGUGAUACAGAAGCCUAUGAAGUGUCCAGCCGCAUUUUCCUGUCAUGCGCCGUGCCACGACGGCUACAAAUGUGGAGACGACGGUUGUCCAACAUGUGAAUGUCUAACAAUUGUGACCGUGCAACAAGUUCAAACACACCACGAAGAACAUUGCGAUACAUGUGGAACGCAAACUAACGGAGCAUCAGGUCAACAACAGGUGAUAAUAGCACCAUCGGCUACUGGGCACCAGGCAUGCACCGACUGUGAUCACGUGACAACCCACGUGGUGGCAGUUACAGCCCAUCAUGAUGUAGGUGUGCCUUCAAACAACGGAAAAGAAACGUGUAAUGAGUGUGAAUCGGGUAGUACAAACACAAUAACAGGAACUGGCAGUAGUUCAAUCACGUUACAACCAGGACAGCAGAUAGUUAAUGGUGGUGGUGCAUCGUUCAGUAGCUCCAGCAGCGGUUCGUCGUCAGGAAUGUCAGGUGGAGGCGCACCUUUCGGUAUUUCUAGCGGUGGUUCACCCUUCAGUAGCUCCAGCAGUGGUUCAUCGUCGGGAACUUCAAGUGGAGGUUCACCUUUCGGUAUUUCAGGCGGUGGCCCACCCUUCAGUGGCUCCAACAGCGGUUCAUCGCCGGGAACAUCAAGUGGAGGUUCACCUUUCGGUAUUUCAGGCGGUGGCCCACCCUUCAGUGGCUCCAACAGCGGUUCAUCGCCGGGAACAUCAAGUGGAGGUUCACCUUUCGGUAUUUCAGGCGGUGGCCCAUCCUUCAGUGGCUCCAACAGCGGUUCAUCGUCGGGAACCUCAGGCGGAGGUUCACCUUUCGGUAUUUCAGGCGGUGGUUCGCCCUUCAGUAACUCAAGCAGCGGUUCAUCGUCGGAAACUUCAAAUGCAGGUUCACCUUUCAGUAUUUCAGGCGGUGGUUCACCCUUCAGUAGCUCCAGCAGCAGUUCAUCGUCUGGAACGUCAGGCGGAGGUUCACCUUUCAGUAUUUCAGGCGGUGGUUCACCUUUCAGUAGCUCAACCAGCGGUUCAUCGUCGGGAACGUCAGGCGGAGGCUCAACUUUCAGUAUUUCGGGUGGUGGCUCACCCUUCAGUAGCUCCAGCGGCGGUUCAUCGUCGGGAACGUCAGGCGGAGGUUCACCUUUCGGUAUUUCUAGCGGUGGUUCCCCUUUCAGUAGUUUCAGCAGCGGUUCAUCGUCGGGAGUGUCAGGCGGAGGUUCACCUUCUAUUGGUGCAAGCAGUGGUUCUGCAUCGGCUGCAUCAAGUGGAAGUUCACCGUUUAUUAUUUCCGGCAAUAACUCACCUUUUGGUGCGACAAGCAGUGGUCCAUCAUCAGGACAAUCUCUCUUCACGCCAGGAUCUUCGGAGUCGGGAAGUAAUGCACCAGCAGCUGGUGUUCCUACUUUUCUGAAUGGGUACCAGUUCGGGGGAUCUGUGCAGACACUUUCUGGUCCUAAUGGCUCGACACUCGCACCUCCUUCUCAGAUCAAUGGCACCUUUGGACAAUUUACUCCAGGUCAGGGUUCUCAAGGUGGUAAGGGAAACUGGUCCGGUGGCCCGUUCAAUGCUGGCGGUGCAGGUCCAUUUGGUAACAAUGGCGGUGGAUUCCAUUUCAGUACAUUUGCACAAGCUGCAGCUGGUGGAUCAGCAGGACAGGGGCCCUUUUCUGUUGCUGCUACAAACAGUAGUUCUGGCGGUGGGCCUUUUCCUGGUGUCUCGGGAGGCAGCAACUCUCCCUUUGGAAUUUCGUCAGGAUCUGGAGGCGAAGGAUUUGGUAGCGGACCAACAAGCGGCUCUAGCGGCAAUAAACCACCGUCCAUUGGUAGUUCUGGAGGUGCAUCAAUUGGAGGAACUUUGGGGUCUUUGUUCGGGGGUCACAGUCCAAUGAGUGGAGGAUUUGGUGGACACGAUGGUAAUACCCAACCAGGAUCCACAACUUCUCAAAACACAAUAGACCAUAUCAUAAAAAAUUGUCCGGGAACUAUGCACUGUAUGACAACAUGUCCAUUAGGAUAUUCGUUUGAUGACGUGGAUAACAAUGGCUGUCCAGUUUGUUCCUGCCUGGCUGGAUCCGGAGAAGUGAUGACAGGACUUCCUCAUCAAAAUGGGGAAGGGGCAGAUGAGGAGAGUGAAUUAAAGUAUAUCAUCCAAUCAGCAGUCGAUACACAAACCGCGGGUGACAGGAAUGUCCUACCGCAGCAGGCUGCUUUGGGUACAUCCUGCCCAAAACCGUUCAAAUGCUCAGUCACGUGUUCUCUAGGGUAUGCAAGAGGACUUGACUCGUGUCCAACAUGUGAGUGCAUUGAGGAUCAAAAACAUCCAUCUCAAAAUAAAGAAAUCAGCUGCUUGGAGACGUUUGCAUGUUCUAAACGUUGUGACUCUGGUUACAAGCGUGGAUAUGAUGGUUGUCCUUUAUGUGACUGUGUUCACGAGGAGGAAUGUCACGAGUGUGUACAGCCAACACCUACCCCUAAACCGAACCAAGCUGCCGUUGUCGCCAUUUUGAAGAAGUGUCCACAAACGGAAAAGUGUAUGACGUCAUGUACACACGGUUAUCACAUGGGCAGCGCGGGUCCAGAUGGAUGUCCUACGUGUUCAUGUGUGGAAAAGGAAACUUGUCAUGAAUGUACAGAGAAUCACCACACAGUACAAGCUGUCCAGGUACAAACCAGCUCUACAGAACACUGCCACGAAUGCGAUACAGGUGGCCAUCAGGCACAGGUGGUAGUGACGUCACAAGUAGGUGGUGCAACCUCAGGAGGUGGCAGUGGUGGGGCUGUCUCCAGUGGUUCUUCUAUCGGCAGUAAUGCGUCCGGUGGAACAAUGGGAGGCAGUGGAGGUUUUAUGGGUGGUUCCGGAGGCAUGUCUGUCGGUGGUGGCAGUGGCGGAGGAAGUCAGUGCCGCCCCCUCCCCCCGGAUUGUCAUCCGUCCUGUAUAGUCUAUGACGUGGCACACUGUCGGCAAUGUCGCUGUCGCUCAGGUCCUAUGCAUUGAUUGUGUUACUGAAAGCUUGUGAUUGAAUCCAGACGACAAAUCAUCAUUAAGUUUCAAUGCCUUUAUUUAUAUUUAGCCUUACUGUUCAUUGUCCCUGUAGAAUUAAUAACCACAAUAAACAGUUAUGUAUAUUGUU